AUGCCGGGCCCUGGACCGGGGCUGGGGCUGCUGUCACUGCUGCUGCUGGCACUGGAGUGUAGUGACCGCCACUUCCAGCACCACGUCCAGGGCAUCCUCCUUGGUGCCAGGGCAGUGGGGGCAGAGAUUUGUGGGAAGUCCAUCUUCAAGAAUGGGAGCAGACCUGUAUCCUCUUCCCCUGGGAGCUCUCAGCCUGAUUCUAGACCUUUCCAAGGAAUAGGAGCAUCACCAGCGACACACGUGACCCACCACCCCGUCUCCAAGGAAGAGGUGACCCUGAGGUGCUGGGCCCUGGGCUUCUACCCCGCCGAGAUCUCCCUGACCUGGCAGCGGGGUGGGCAGGACCUGACCCAGGACAUGGAGCUGGUGGAGACCAGGCCUGCAGGGGACGGAACCUUCCAGAAGUGGGCGGCUGUGGCGGUGCCUUCAGGAGAGGAGCAGCAUUACACGUGCCGUGUGCAGCAUGAGGGGCUGCCUGAGCCCCACACCCUGACCUGGGAGCCGCCUCCUCACCCUACCAUCCCUAACAAAGGUGCCAUUACUGCCUCGAUUCUCCUUGUUGCUGUGGUCACUGGAGCUGUGAUUGUUGUGAUAUGGAGGAGGAGAGUGGGGAAGAGGCAGGCACCAUUCUCAAGGGUCUGAUGAGUUUCUCAUGACUUGCCAAGUGUGAUACAGCUGCCUUGUAUGGGACUGAGUUAUGGACGAUUAUUCAGGGCCCUUGUCUUUGAAGACACUUGAUUCUCUUCCUGCAAAGGUUUCUGAAUGGUCUCCACUCGUACUAGCAAUGGGGAGAGCAGCCCAUGCCGGGAGACUAUAGCCACAGUGACUUUCGUUCCCACUCUGACCAGCAGAGCAAGGCUGACAAGUCUGCAUUUUCGGGAGAAAUUCUACACAAUUUUUGGGGAAAAUCAUUUCACAAUUUAGUUAUGAGCAGGGCCUAGUUGUCCUGCCUGUCGGCCGGCUAUGGCACAUGAAGGCAAAGCUCCAUCUUCGCCUCCAGUCACAGCUAAAACCACAGCGGUCCAGCGAGGCUGUCGGACGCUCCGGCCGGGAUCCCACCAGCUGAAGACAUCGAGGGACACGCGAAGUCUUCGGCUGCACGCUUCCUCCCUAUUCGAGGAUUUCGCCCCUGCGGCCCUUGAGUCACCUUUUACAUUUGCUGCUCUGCUCUGCUCUGCACUGCACUCUCUGCCCUGAGUCGUCCACUACACUUGUUUUUUGUGAUGUACUCAGUAAAGGUGUGGCAAGCUCGGGGCUUUCAUCUUUGCUGUCUAGGGCAGCACUGAUCGGGCCAAAGCUCAGCUUCUCUAAGUCUCUUUUCUGUCUGUGUAUUAAUUAGUUGGCCUUGUGUUGUCAUGGCUCACA